AAGGCGCCGUGGCGCCGGCGCCUGGGACGUGGCGUCAACGGCCCCAUCCGGCGCCGGCGGCGGGUGCCCGGCGGUCUUUGCUGCCGCCCGGGGGCGCAGAGGCCGGGCCUUUUCUUUCAGCACAAACGUCAGUUUGUAAAAGGGUGGGGCUGGAGUCUGAGGAGUUUUCAGGCUUCCGUCUCGAAGGAAGUCUGGCAGGCUCGGAAUUGUCAUCUUCCUCAGGCAAAUAGUUUUUCACCUUAGAGCCAGCCUUGGCAAGGCCACACCGCCCAGUCACCCGACUUCCCACAGUCUCAGCAGGGAGGAAUAAGUUUUUUUCAUCUGUAAUUUGGAAGCCAAGUCAGUAACAAAAUGAAACCAGUAAAGCAUCUGUUGACCACCAGUAACAAAUCGGCAAAUGUUCCAGCAUUAACUACUAAAAAAGGACUACAUAAUUUACCAUUAUCACCUGAACUAAAGGAAAAACAUAAUACAAAAUUAAUUCAUGAUAAAAUUGAACCAAUGGUCCUAAGAUCUCCACCAACAGGAGAAUCCAUUUUACGGUAUGCUUUGCCCAUUCCAUCGAGUAAGGCAAAGAACUUACUACCAGAAGAUGAAAUGAUCGGAAAAAUUAUCAAACAUCUGAAGAUGGUUGUUUCCACUUUGGAAGAAACCUAUGGACAUUGCGAUCAGAAUGGAGAAGAACCAUUUGUAAAGCAAGAACAUGAAGAAUUAUCUUUAUCUGUUGGGGAUGAUAUGAAUUCAUUCUUGACAUAUUGUUCGCAAUUUGCAGCUCAGCUAGAAGAAGCACUUAAAGAAGAACAAAAUAUUUUGGAAUCUCUUUUUAAGUGGUUUCAGUGGCAGGUCAAUCAGAUGGAAGAAAUAAGUAAAGAUCAAACUCUUUUACAAGCAGAGCCUCCAGAACCUGACAAAACAGUCAUUUUAAGUAUUGCAGAAAUAGUAAGGCUUGUACAAAGAUUUGAAGAACUGAAGAAUCGCCUUAAACAGAGGUCUAAAUCCUCCGUGAAAGUCAUGUUGUCUAAAACUAUGGAUAAAGAAAAUCGACCAGAAGCAAUGAAAAGUUGUGAAGCUGUGGCACAGAAAAUUGAAGAAUUCAUAGAAGCCCACUCAACUGAUGAAUUUAAAGAUGUAUCUACAACAGAACCACAAACUGCUCAUUCAAUGACUAAUCGAUUUAAUGCCAUGUUGAAAGUAUUUGAAAACCAGGCAAAUAUGUUGGAGAGCGCUGUAAAUGAUCAAGUUUUGUUAGAUGCUGAAUACAAACAGAUGCAACGUGAUUUUCAGUUGUUAUCAGAAGAGAAGUUGGUGCUGGAAAAUGAACUACAAAAGUUGAAGGACAAAGAGAAAACUAAGCCCACAAAUAAUCGAACAAAGAAAGCUGUGAAAACAGUGAAGAAAAAAGACAAAGGAAAAUCUGAGGAUUCAGAAAAGAAAAUGUCUCCAGAAAAAGAGUUUAAAAUAAAAGAAGAUUUGGAUCAAGUACAGAAAGUAGCACGUCUGGAAAUUGAGAACAAAGUCCUUCAGGAGCAAUUGAAACAGGCUUUACAGGAAGCUGAAAAAGCGAAGCAUCAACUUAACUAUUUCCUAAAUCAAGAGAAGAAGUUACUUAAAAGUGAGGGGAAAACUGAGACAACAAUGCGAGUGGGUAAUAGUCAAACAAAAGUUAAAGGUGAAGAUUUAAAAAAUAUACCAUUGGAGAAAGAAACAAGAAAAUCACUGGUUUCAGAUUCAGGUGGACAAAGGACAAGUGAUAAAAUCCAAGAAUAUCCACAGAUCACUGCCCAAAGCGGAAGACUGAUUGAAAAAAGCUCAGAGAAGAAACGAUCUAGCCCUGCUAUUUCAGAUCUUUCACAGAUCCUUAAGUCUCAAGAUGAAUCAGCAUUUUUAGAGAGUUCAAAUGAAGUUUCAGUUGCUGAAAACCAAUCCUAUAAAUCUCCAUCAGAGACCCAUGAUAAAUCACUUACAACAGUAUCAUCCAGCAAAGAAGUUCACGAUUCACUGUCUGUUGGAACAUUGGCUCACAAAAACGAAGCACUGAUAUCAGCAUUCAUUUUACCUCCUGUUCUUACAGAAAGUAAAAAGGCUGAUGUUUCAGAAGAACAAUUACAAAAGAUGACUGAAGAACAAACUUACCAAGCAGCAGAAAAAUCUCAAGGCAGUACAAGAAACAUGGUGCCGGCAUCUGCUUCUGGCAAGGGCCUCAGGGAGCUUCUACUCGUGCAGGAAGGUGAAGUGGGAGCAGAUAUGUCACACGCUGACAGUGAAGUUCCAGAUGAAAAUCUUAUGGUUGAAAAUAAAGAUGCAGUAACGAAAGUCCAAAUGGAACAAAUGAAACAAAGAACUUCUAGUAUGGAAAGACAUGAGGAGACUCUUACAACCCCAGAAUUGCCUGAGGACAUGGUUUUGGUUUCAAGAAUCCAGUCUGAAACUAAAAAUCUUGAAGCUAUCAGAAAUGAGAGUUUUCAUUCUCAUAAUGAUGUACCAGAAGAAAAUCUUAUGCUUGAACAACACACAAAGUCAAAAACGGAAGUAGAAGUAAAGAAACAAAAAUCUUUCCAAGAUAAUCAACUCAAUACUCAUAAUGAAGUACCAAAUGAAAGGCUUGUAGUUGAGCAUCAAGAAUCAUUGUCAAAAACCAAAUUGCGAGUAAAGAAACAAGAAAAUUCUACAGAGCAACCACUCACCACUCCUGAUGAAGAACCAGAUGAAAAUCUUAUACUUAGGCAUCAAGACUCAAUGUCAAAAUCAGAAAUGCAAGUGAAGGAACAAAGAACUCUCAAAGGGCAAAGAAUUACUACUCAUGAUGAAGAACCAGGCAAAAAUCUUGUGCUUGAACAUCAAGAUUCAGUGUCAAAACUGGAAAUGCAAAUUGAAAAAACCAAAAAACUUCCUAGAGAGAAAAGACAUAGUACUCAUGAUGAAGAAUCAGGUGAAAAUCUUAUGCUUAAACAUCAAGAUUCAGUGUCAAAAAUCCAAGUGCAAUUAGAGAAUCAAGAAACUUCUGAAGGAGAAGGACGUAGCAUACCAGAUAAAAAUUCUAUGUUUGUUCAUCAAGAUUCAGUGUCAAAACUCCAAAUGCAAGAAAAGAAAAAAAUAACUCUUGGAAGGGAAAGGCGUAAUACUCAUAUUGUAGUACCAAAUGAAAAUGUGAUUUCUGUUCAUCAAGAUUCAAAGUCAAAACUCCAAAUGCAAGAAAAGAAACAAAUAAAUUCUGGAGUGGAAAGACACAGAAUGUUUCCUUUAGAAAUCCAAAAAAAGGAUAUAUCACUUGAACAUCUGUUGCCCGAGGAGAAAGUUUUAUUAUCAAGAAGCAAAUCUCAAACCAAGAAACUUCAAACUAAAGUAACUUCAAGAAAAAGUGCAAUUAUAUCAUUUUUUCCUUGGCUUCUCCUAUUUUUCCUACACGAUCAAGAUAUGGAUAAACUGCCAGAUAGGAGUUUUACACCUGAAAAUGUAGAAUUAGCUGCAGGACACAUGGAUCAAAUUCAAACAAGUGAAGUUGACCAAUACCAAAAAUUGAGAAUUAAAAAUGAAGCAGCCUCAGAACUUCCAGAUACAGCAGAAAAUCUUCCAGCAGUGUACCCAUCAAUUAGCGACCUAAUAAUUCAAUUUGAUUUAAACAAAGUGGUUGAGACUGAUAUAGAAAGCUUGAGAGGUGCUUUGGGAAGACGCUUAUUAAAUGAUGAAUUCAAGACACAGUCAAAGAGUUUCCCUGGGCCUGAUAUAGAACAAUUGACAGAUGCAUUUGGAAGAGAUAUACUAAAGGAUGAAUUCAAGACACAAUCAAAGAGUCUCCCUGAGACUGAUGAACGAUUGCAUAGAGCAACUGAGAGAGGUACAAUAAAUGAUGCAAUUAAGACACAGUUAAAGAGAAAGAGUUACCCUGAGACUGUCUUAAAACACUUGAAAGGUGUUAAUGGAAAAGAUAUAAUAGAGCAUCUAAUCAACAUACAGUCAAAGAGUCAUGCAGAGACUGAUAAGGAACACUUGGCAGAUGCCAUUGGAAGAGGUAUAAUAAAGGAAUCAAUCAAUGCACAACUAAAGGGUCACCAAAAGACUGAUAAGAACUUCUUUGCCUAUGCUAUUGGAAGAGGUCUAAUGAAGGAGUCAACCACGACACGAUUAAAAAGUCACCCAGAGACUGAUAAGGAAUUCUUGGCAGAUGCUAUUGGAAGAGGUAUAAUAAUAGGGCCAAUCACUACACAACUGAAGAGUCACCGAGAGACUGAUGUAGAACCCUUGACAAAUGCCAUUGGUUCAAAUAAAACAAUUGGUGAGAUAAAGACACAACUAAGGACUCACUAUGAUGUGAACUUAUUUAAAAACAAAGAUAUGUCCGUACAACGUCAAGAAGGUAUCUUUACUAGGAGCAUUACACCAAGUAAAUUCCCAACAAAAGUGAUCAAUUUAUCACCCUUUGAAAAUAAAGAGGAAACUUAUGAGUACUCUUCACCCUAUGUGACUGCACCUUCAAAAGCAAUUUAUAGAACAUAUAGGGCUGAUCCAAGCUUUUCUAAAGACAUCCACCUUCCUUUACCGAAUCAACUCCCUUCAGGGCAUUCGAGAGUUGUUACCUUAAGCCAAAAAACUAUUGAAUUUACUCUGCCUACUGUGACCAAUACAAUUGGAAAACCUACCUAUAAAGUGUUAGAUGCUGCUACCCGAAAAUCUGUACCACACCCAUACUUUUGAGAAUGAAGGAAAUUCUGAGCAAGAUAAGCAACAUGACAAAUUCAGAAAUGCAGGAAAGGAAAUUGCAAAUAUAGAAGCCUUUUGAAAAUAACACUGACUCGUGUGGAUGGUGCUUAUUGAAAAACAGCUGGAAAUACAGUGGAUCAACAGGGUAGGCCCAGAUCACAGAAGGCCUGACCAGGCAGUGAAUGUGUCUUUACCAUAUGGAACAAUUUUGAACUUCUAAGAUCAAGCCUUUUUGUUGCUGAGGGUAAGAAAGGAGCUCUGUGAUGAGGUUCCAGCUUGCUUCUAUUCGCCAGUGUCCCUGUAGUGCUUUCUGGUGUGAUGUAAAAUCAAUUAAACAAAACUUGUGCUCUG